CAUGAAUACGCCAAUGAUGAUUUUUUUUAAAGAUUAAGAUGGAUGCUGUUGUGCUAAAAGUGUUGAGUGAAAACGAAGUCAUUCCCGAUACACGAGUUUUUGCCAAAAACAAUGGGAAGAAACACCAAGAAAUUGUUGGAGUUAUGAAAAGUCUUCAGUCACUGGGUGAUAUAAUCGCAACUAAAGAGUUAUCAGAGGAAAAAUGGAUUUUAACCGAUGAAGGUUCUAAAACAUUGUCUUCCGGCAGCUUAGAAGCAAGAUUGUUUCAAUGCGUGUCAGAAAAUGGUUCACAGCUGGAUGAGCUUAAAAAGUCUUUCGAGGGUUUUAGUGUUGCUUUUGGAAAAGCAACGUCAAAAAAGUGGAUCUCGCUUGAUAAAGCGUCUGGAAUGGUCACAAAGAACCUUGACUGCAUAGUUGAUGAUGUACAAAAGGAUCUUGAGUCGCUGAAUCUGGGAGAAAAUAUACCUCAGAAGACACUGGACGAUUACAAGAAACGAAAGCUUAUAGAGAAGAGAAUUGAGAAGUUUUAUGAGAUCUCGAAGGGACCAGGAUUCUCUUUAGAAACAGAAAAACUUGCUACUGAUCUAACAACUGAAAUGAUAAUAAGUGGGGCCUGGAAAUCUCAAGCGUUCAAAGCAUAUAACUUUUCAGCGAACGGGCGCUUGCCUGACUCAGGUCAUUUGCAUCCCUUAAUGAAGGUACGGAGUGAGUUCCGACAAAUUUUUCUCGAGAUGGGAUUCUCAGAGAUGCCAACUAACAAUUUCGUGGAGAGUUCCUUCUGGAAUUUUGAUGCACUAUUUCAACCUCAGCAACAUCCUGCACGAGAUGCACACGAUACUUUCUUUGUGAGCCAACCUGCGCAAUGUAACAAGACUCAAAUACCAGCGGAUUACAUGGAAGCGGUGAAGAAAAUGCAUUCGGAAGGAGGAUCAGGAUCGAUAGGGUACCAAUACGACUGGAGUGAAGAAGAGGCACUGAAGAACCUUCUGAGAACUCACACAACUGCAGUGUCAUCACGCAUGUUGUACAAAUUGGCACAGAAAACGAAAUCAACUGGAAAGUUCGAGCCAGUUAAAUUGUUCUCAAUCGACCGUGUGUUCCGAAAUGAGACCUUGGAUGCAACGCAUUUGGCCGAAUUCCAUCAAAUCGAAGGCUUAGUUGCGGAUUAUGAUUUGACCUUGGGGAAUCUCAUUGGAAUGUUGUACGAGUUCUUCAAUAAACUUGGAAUCAAGAAUCUCAGAUUCAAGCCUGCGUAUAAUCCAUACACUGAGCCCAGUAUGGAGGUCUUUAGUUUCCACCCAGGGUUGAAAAAAUGGAUCGAAAUUGGUAAUUCUGGAAUUUUCCGACCCGAAAUGCUAAUACCAAUGGGUUUGCCCGAAGACGUUUCAGUCAUUGCGUGGGGACUAUCACUUGAACGACCGACAAUGAUUAAGUAUAAGCUGGACAACAUUCGAGAUUUGUGUGGUCACAAAGUUAACCUUCAGAUGGUGUAUGACAACCCGCUUUGUAGAAUUGAGAAGCAUUAAAAUGUACUUAAUUAAAUAUUGCCUGACAGAUAAAAUAUUGACUUGGAAGGGAAAUAACUAAAAUUGUAAAUUUCUAUUUGGCUUGAUAAAAAUUUUGCAAAUUUUGUGUCUGCUACAAUUUGAAAAAUAGUUCAGCUGGUUUUUUGUUGCAUGUCUUAAUAUUUGAAAGUGUUAUUACCCUUACGAUAAGCAAGGCUAUUGUUUACGUAGUUCACAGGAAUCAUCUGGACUCCUGGUGAUACCUUGGCUCAUAAUGAAUUUGAACUUUUUAGUGUCUGCUGCUCACUUAGCCGUGAAGUAACGAAUACGCUUAGGAUGAUUAGGGUCCUGGUGUUAAAUUGGUAUUUACGUACUUAAUUAAAUAUUGCCUGACAGAUAAAAUAUUGACUUGGAAGGGAAA